GGCUCAGGACAGGGAAGUAGGGUUUUCAGGAAGCGCGAUUCCGUGUUCUCUCUCUGUGUGUGUGUGUGUGUGUGAAAGAGAGAGAGAGAGAAUGAGAGUGAGUGAGAGAGUGUGCUGUGAUGGAUGCUCAGCUGUGUUUGAUGUUAAGCGCCGCGUUUCUCGUCCGCCUUGCGCUGAUGUGUUUCGGUGUUUAUCAGGAUCAGAAUCUGCAGCUCAAGUACACGGAUGUGGAUUAUCACGUGUUCACCGACGCCUCCAGAUUUAUCCUACAGGGUCGCAGUCCCUAUGACAGAUCUACGUUUCGUUACACUCCUCUGCUGGCUCUGGUUCUGGCUCCAGGGGUUCUGCUGAGCUCUCUCUGUGGGAAGCUUCUGUUCGUGGGCUGUGAUCUUCUGUCGGCUCUCCUGAUGUUCCGGCUGCUGGUUCUGCGCGGCUCGUCCCGGAGAUCGGCGAGGCUCCUCUGCGGUCUGUGGCUGUUUAACCCGCUGACCGUGGCUGUGUCCACCCGCGGGAACGCCGAGUCUCUGCUGGCCGCUCUGGUCUUGUCCUCUCUGCUGUGUCUGGAGUCCAGGAGACAGACGUCUGCAGCGCUGCUCUUCGGUCUGGCCGUCCACAUGAAGAUCUACCCAGUCACUUACGCGCUGCCCAUCGCGCUGUCUCUGACCAGAGCGCCGUCCCGCGGCCGAGGACUGAUCCGGAACCUGCUCCGGUGCAUCAGUGGGGAUCUGCUGCGGUUCGCGGCUGUUUCUGGAGUCGUGUUCUUCGCUCUGAACAUCACCUUCUACUGCAUGUACGGCUGGGUUUUCCUCCAGGAGUCUUACCUGUAUCACCUGACUCGCAGAGACAUCCGUCACAACUUCUCUCCGUACUUCUACAUGCUGUACGUGACGGCGGAGCGUCCCUGGAGCGGCGCUCUGGCUCUCGUCUGUUUUCUGCCUCAGAUGCUGCUGCUGUCUCUGGCCUCGCUGGCCUUCCGCUCCGAUCUGCCCUUCUGCUGCUUCAUACACACCUCCAUCUUCGUCAGCUUCAACAAAGUCUGCACUUCACAGUAUUUUCUGUGGUAUCUGUGUCUGCUGCCGCUGGUUUUGCCUCGGCUGACUCUGAGCGGGAGACGAGGCCUGGGGCUGCUGCUGCUGUGGUUUGUGGGACAGGCGCUGUGGCUGUCCCCGGCGUAUUAUCUGGAGUUCGAGGGCCGGAACACUUUCACACUCAUCUGGAUCGCCGGGCUGCUGUUCCUCCUCAUCAAUUCUUUCAUACUGGGACAAAUCAUCUCCCAUUACAGACCCCCAGAAGCCCAUGUGAAGAAAACAGACUGACGGACGCCUGCGAGAACACUGUCGCUUCACACACCGGAUACGUGAGAUGAUUCAGCCGAACACUAGAUGUCGCCCAACAGCAGAUCUCCAGAUGGACGGCACACUUCAACUGAUCUCAUGUUGAACAAGUGAGGGAUUUCUCAACCCUUUACAUUUGAUGUCGCAGAUGAGCUUGUAAAUGAUGCUUGUGUCUCUGAGGAGAUUAGUGAGAGUGUGAAUGAAGACGAGCCCACAGGAAGUGCUGACUGACGGGACGCAGGACGAGAACAAGCUCAGCGUUAAACAGGAUUAAAUCCUCUCUGCUGUGAAGCUUGAAAAAUCUUCAAUGUUCUGGUAAACAUUUUUGCAAAAUGCUGGUCACCAUUAUUGAAUGAACAGAAGCAGAUCUGGUUAUAUCUCUUCUACAUAUAACACAGUCUUAUUAAAGUGUGGAGAAGGAGAAUGUGAACCAGACUAUUCAUAGUAAAACACGAACAGCACAUGAGCAUGGUCUUUUUGUCAUACAAGAUUUUUAUUUUUAUAAAAGUAAUAAAUAUAACAGCAAGACCCACAUUUGAUUGUUGCUGCUUUGCAGCUACAAGCUUGUGUAACACAUUACUGUAUCUUCUGUUAAUAUUUAUUGCCCAUAUUGAAUGCCAGUGGCAAAACGUCACGUUAAAAUCCUUCCUGAAAAAGUGCAAAAGGCCAUUAAACAAUAAAUACAAGUUAUUGAUACAAAUGAACCUUCCAGAAACGGCUUGUCAGACGCGAGGACAUCACGCCUCGGCAGGCUUUCUUUCGCUUAACUUUUAACGUUUUUAUUAUUUAAUACAAUUAAACAGUAGUUUUAUAUAAAGUCAAAGUUACAAGCUCUAAACUUCAGAGCUGUGCUCUAUUAAAUUCAUAAAAUGUUUGGCAUUCUUAUCAAUGCUGAAGUGAAUUUAGCAUCAAAAUAUUCAAGAGCCUAAAUAUUUAACCAUUAUGUUUUAUUUCUGGGCUGCUUCAACAGUUUUUUUCCACCUCUUGGCUAUUUAUAGACGAUAUAUAAGAACAUUCCUGUCAUUUCUCCGGCUGAUAUCUGAACACAAACAGAUGGAAUCCUUCAGUUUUUAUACUUCUAAAUAAUUAAUAAACAUGCAGAUGAAAUGCUUUAAAAAACAGCUCAUAAACCGUUGAUUGCAAUGAUAUAACAGAAGUUCAUUUUAAAUGAAAUAAUUUGAAUAUUUGUUUGUUUUUGUAAUUUGUGUGUUAGUAGUUUUUAUUUGUCCAUGUUUGCUGAACAAACUGGGAAAGAAAUAUUAGCCUCACUACACAAAAAGUGCUUAGAAGAAAAUAUAAUGGAAGCUCACCAAACAAAAUCUUAACAACAGCGCUGCUACACUUAGAGAAAAACUUCACUGCAAGAAAUGAUUGUCUUAGUAUCUGUGUCCUGUUUUCCUGUAUAAGAAACUAAAUGUUUUAAUAAUCUGCCAAUCGGUUCAGCAAGAAAUAACAUGCUUCUUGUUAGAAGUAUAUUUAAAUAAAGGUGCCUUGACUUGU